UCCCACCUCAGAGCGCAGCGAAGUCAUUCCGGGAAAAGGCGGACUGACAUUUUGUCACCAUAGUCGCUUCGAGCCAGCGGCUAAAUUGUCACAUUUCGGAACUAGGAGACACCGAAGACGUGUAUGUGAGUCGAUAACAACAACGGAGCAUUGGAGGAACAAUCUCUAUCGUGAAAUCGCCAAAUAAACCAAAGGACAAAGUGUCUGAAUCUGUGCUGACUGGUUCCUGCGGGCGGGGGGAAACCCGAGGAGAGUGGGAUCAUGACGACAGAGAGAAACAGCAAAGCCCUGAAGGUGAAGCAGGAAUGCGGCGAGAAUGUGCCCUUCCUGUCGGACAGCGAGCUCAUGUCGCUGACUGUGCGGGAGCUCAACCUCCACCUGCGCGGCAUGUCCCGCGAGGAGAUCCAGAAGCUCAAGCAGCGCCGGCGCACCUUGAAAAACCGGGGCUACGCCGCCAGCUGCCGAGUCAAGCGGGUGUCCCAGCGCGAGGCCCUGGAGCAGCAGAAGCUGGAACUCCAGAGGGAGGUGGACCGGCUGGGGGCGGAAAACGCCGGCAUGAGGAAAGAGCUGGAGGGGUUGGGGGCUCGCCUGGCCGCGCUGCAGAGGUUCGCCCGAGGCCUGGAGGCCGGAGGGGGCAAUCUGCUGGCCACCGCGCCGCGCCUUAACACCGCCUCCGUCAUCACCAUCGUCAAGAGUCCGCCGCAGCCUCAACCGCAGAGGGACCAGGAGUCUUCUUAGGCUCUGUAAACAGACUGAGGGGGUGUGGAACACACACACACACACACACACACUUAUUAAACACGAUGGAGAACAAGAAUCAUGAUUGGUAGGAAAAUACGAAACAUCAGUGCUACGCCUACACGCGGGAGUCAUUCAUGUGUGACAUCACCAAGGACCAGCCGAGCUUCUUCCCGGACGACUCGGCUUCAGUAGAAGUGCUGGCUACUUAAUAAUGUGGAACACUCACUUUUUGCAUGUUUAGAAUGUACACUUAUGUACAGUACUGUGCAAAAAGUUUUAUUUGACCACCACUAGCCCUUAAUGACCCAUUCCGCAACACUCUUUUGACACUGUAAAAUAUCAAAUAGGAAAGUAGUGCAGUGAACAAACAAAUAUUUGUGGUUUGGCAUUCGCCAAUUUUCAUAUUCAAAGGUUUUUGGGGGUAAACUCAUCCGUUAUUCAUUUAAAACUCACCUAUUUGCUUUUGUUGUGCUCAGGCCAAAACUCUCUUUAGCGCCAUCUGGUGACAUCUUGGUGUUGAAGUGAGUUGCGAAGCUUCAUUUACACGAAAGUAGUCUUUUGCCACCAUCGAUAGGAAAUUACAGUCCAGUAAUAACCCUCGAUGGGGUGGGCCACAAUUAUUAGCGGAUUUUUCACUAUUUUGCUACUGCAAAUGGUGAACUUAAAUCUUACACGUCACUAUGAGGCAGUUAAGCCAAUCAGCAGCUAAAUUAUAAUGCAGUUAAAUACAACAAAAUAAUUAAUUUUACAAGUAUAUCCUUAGUCGAAGUAAAACCAUGAUGAUGCAUUUUUUAAAAAUAAGUUGCAAAGGGUGCAUUAUUAUUGUUCUUCUACUCGUGCGAAUCUCAUUAAGCUUGUAGUUCGUGCAGAUUCACUUUUGAGUCACUAAGGCGUGAAUGGAACAGUCCACCUAAGAAUCAAAAUGGUAUUGUCCGUCCAUUCCUAACAUCUUAAGUCACUCGCCACCAACAAGUAAGUCAAAUGAGGCGAGUGGUGGAGUACAACCUGGACUGGUUGCCAGUGUCAAUGCUCGAGCACUUCCAGACAAACAACCAUUUCCGCUCACAUUCACACCAAUGGAAAAUUCGAGUAAAUACUAAUUGGUUCCUUGGAGCACUUGGGGUGAUGAUGCGUCCGUGAACCAGGAAGUCGCCUUCUAACUAACCGAGUGACAUAAAUACAGUGCUAGUUAAGAUGGUAAAGGGGCGGAACAUUAAUCCUGUCAUUUCCUAAAAUCAGGUUGUUUAAGUCAGGAUAAUGCUAAACUAUAUUUCCCCAACUAUAUUUAAGUUCCCUAUGAAGAGCCGACCUUUAAUAUUUUAAAUUCCUAGUUUAUUUACAUCGAUUCCCCGUUAAUACCCAAGGAAAGUUUCCGAAUUAAAAAAUUCCCAUGUGCUAAUUACACAUGGUCAUUUACAGCAUUGUUCAGACUUUUCUAUGGUACUGUACAUUUGUGAGGCCAUCGCACAUCCAGGACCCAGACAUGCUCAGACUAAGUGAAGCUAAGCUUUGCUUACUCUUGACGGCUCAAAAAAAAAAAAAAAAAAAAAAAAAAAAAAGAUGUCACCGGUACUCUUUUAUGCGACCAAAAUGGGCGAAGCUUACUUUGCUUCUGCUUUUUGGGAAUGCAACCCAAAAAAAAAAAAAAAAAACCCUUAACUUUGCAGGCCAGCUCCCCCCACCCACAGUUCUGCAAACUUCUGCAUUCCAGGUUAUUAUGUUAACAGCCUAUCUGUAUACUUUCUCAACCUCAAUGGCACAACAGGGUCGUGGGAGGCUUAUAUAUCCCAUAAUAUAUCUUCAAAGCAGAACGUAUUAAAAUUGAAGGGGUUAUAAGUUGGAACGCCUGCUCGAGGAUGACUGAUGUUCAGGGUUUGUGCACCAACACAGUGCCUUCAGUGCUUGUGGGAGGUAUCAAACCAAACCUGCUGACCGUCCAUCACACUUCUUUUGUCUUGGCUAAAAUAGCACACGACUUACUUGUCCUCCAGUUCCUUUUGUGCAGUAACUCUUCUGCUCCAUGCUCCUGGUGUGGCUUCCUUUUCCCCUCACACCCUGACGGGACAAGCCGAAAGUCGCGACAAGAAUAUGCUCGAAUCCCCGACGCGCGUUGGUCAUUGUUUUGCUGAAAACGCGACGACUCAACUCCGCACACAUUCCUCUUUCCGUGUUCUUAUUUGUAAUGUUUGUACAUGCCGUCGAGACGCAAAUGUUGAGUGACAUUUAUUAGAGAUAUAUUCUAUAUUUUAUUUGUAUUUAAAAGUAGAUAUUUUCACAAGACAAGCUAACUGAGUGCUGUGAUGUUAUGUAUGUUUUCAGUACUUCCAUAGUCGAGGGGAGGGUGUAUUUUCAUGUCUAAUUGUGUGACAACGAUUCCUACUUCAUAAAAUGUUGAAUUAUUAGCUAUGUAGAAAUAUGCUCCAAGCCGACGGCCAUAUUGCUGUGUGAUGAUUCGUGCACGUGUGUUUUUGCCAUAUUUGUACUGGCUUGCCAUAGUGAAUUCUUGGAGGGAUAUUAUUUUUCUAUGAUUUUUUUUUUUUUUUUUUUUUUUGGUGUGUGUGUGUGUUAUCAGUAUGGAAGAAUGAGAGGCCGAGCAGAAAGAGAUAGAGGAAGAGAAGAGGAGGGAAAAAAGAUAUCAGGAGGUGGACGACUGACGGAAAAAGAAAGUUGUAAAGCAAAGACUGGGAAACGAAGGUGUGAUGUGUAUUCACUUGAACGACUGCAAUCAGUUGUAAUACUUUUAAGUUCAUGAGCAGACGUCGUAACACAGACUUGUGUUGAAAAAUAAUUCAAAUAUACGAAGCUUCUAUUUAGCUAUAUGAAUAUGUGUGGUUUAAAAAAACAAAACAUCUAUAUUUCCAAUGUCUCACCUUGUCAAAUUGUGCUGGACGUUUUGUGAUACUUGCAAAACAAAAAUGGUCUUUGUAUUUAUUGUACUUUUUCUAUUGUGAAAAUUGAAGUACAUCAUCUAUUUUAUAUAUUAAUUAUAAUAAAUGUUGUACAUAUUGUACAUAAAAUGGU